AUGAUCGAACGACGUCGUCUUCCAUCUGCGUCCUACAACUCGCCCGUUGAAAAUGAACAGUGGUCACGAUGUGAAUUUGCCGAACAGUCGGUUGUGAUCGUGGGGGAGAAUCGCGAUGCUACACAAAUUGCUCGACAUGUCGCCAACAAACAGACUGGAGCCUCUCCAUUUUUUGUCAUGGACAUGCCAUCAGUGAUGGCUCGUGUGGACGACUGGCGAGACCAUCUGCCCCGCGUCCAGGCUUACUAUGCCCUUCGUUGCAAUGCCGAUCCUGUGCUAGCGAGAAUGCUCGCUGACUAUGCACGACUUGGCUUUGCAGUUUCUGAUGCGCAAGAGCUGGCUGUG